AUGACCAGCGAUAUUCUGCCUCCUGCCGAACAAAGACGAAGAGCAGUUCGGUCGACGAGGCGAGAGUGGACAGCCGCCCCGGAACGGGAAAUAAAAGCACAUGCAAUGCAAGCUCAACCACCGCCGCUUGAACGCCACGGAAUUGGCCAUGCAUACGACAUCCUUCCGCGAAGAGAAAGACAGGACGAGAGGCGAGACCUCGAAGACUCUUACAGCUUGGAAGAACAAACUGACCGAGAAGCCAAGGCAAGUAACAACCACGUCAGCUUUGCGCCUUACAAUCCUAGGAUAUUUCACCCACUUCCAGUUGUUCCCCAUCCCGCUCCGGUUUUUCCCAUGGUGUCCCACCACAGCUUGAGAACUGAACUCACUGCAGUGGAGAAGGAAUAUGCUUAUACCAUGCAUCUAUGA